GAAUCGAGUUUUCUGCGGAUCUAUCUACCGCAACGAAACGAGAUGAAACCGAUUCGGGCACACAUGCGACAAUCGUGCGAUGAGUCGUCGCGAUAUGCGCAUUUCGGCGAACGACGGGUGACGAGCGACGACGGGCAGCAGUCGACGGGCCGGCAGCGGCGAAGGCGGCGGCGUCACUGGGCGUCACGCUACGCAUUUCGGUGAAUGCGAACCGCUCCAGCUCUGCGUGUAUCUAACAGUUAUAGUUCGCGAAUUAUGUACGAUGAUACGGAGUGAAAUAAUUGUGUGUUGACUCUCUGCCGUGCGCCGGGCGACGAAGGCGAGUAAAGGUUACCGCGAGGGAGCGCUGUGUUUAUUUCGCUACGUCGUUCGUUCGCUACGUACGUUCGGUCGUUUCGUGUCCGAUUCUCCUUACAUGUAAAGUGUUUUUGUGUGCACUGUACAACAGUGCCGUGAAUAUUCGUACGAAAUAGCCAUCGCCCUGAGAUGGCUACGCGUGCGUUAGAUCUUUUUCACGCUAUCGACUUAGAUCGUAACGAUCGUGCGAUCGUGUGUUCCUUUCGCUACGUAAUGAUGUCGCUUCGUCGGUAGUUCCGUUAACAAAAUGUCGCGCGUUGCUGUGAUAAUUAGCACAUGAUCGUAAUUGAUCUUUCGUUCGCGAGAAUUGCGAGUUUUGUGUUGUGCCCCAUUGACGGGAUCUGGGAGGAGGCAGAGGCUCGGGAGGAGUAUCGGGCUUCGGCGGAACAACCCUGUGGAUGAAUGUAGCUGUGUUACUACUCCGCUGCUGCACAUCGGUUCGAUACGAUCAAGUGGUCUAAGAAUGGCAUAGAGAUUCAAUCAAUUGGCAGUAUGUGCUAUGUGAUAGUCACCGGACGCAGUCUGCUAUGGACACUGUUGUCUUUGGCAGCACUGAUGGCAGUUUUAUCAGGCCUCAUCACUCCCAGAUGGCUUGUAGGACCACCGACGAUUAAGGAUACAAAGAAUGGCACGGAACUGUACACACCGACCGUCGGAAUCUACAAUCGUUGCACGAGAUUAUUCGGCAAGACGCACUGUGCGAAUUUCAAUGUUGACGGCUUCGCGACGGAUUCCAACGUUUUCCCGGGAUGCUGGAAGGCGUCCCUCUUCUUCCUAUCGGCAGGCCUGGCGGCGAUGUCGGUGACCGUGAUCGCCGCUCUGCUCGGAUGUUGCGUGCAGAGCAUCGGCCGCAAGAGCAUCUUCAAUCUGGCAGGAGUGGCGCAAGCUGUUGCUGGAAUACUAUAUCUUUUUGGGAUGAUAUUAUAUCCCGCCGGUUGGGGUGCCGAAAGAGUUCAAAGGAUCUGUGGUCCUGAGGCCGACGCUUUCUAUCUCGCUAACUGCAGUCUUGGAUGGGCGUUUUAUAGCGCGGCAAUCGGCGUGGUUCUCACUUUCGUCUGCGCCGCGUUGAGCGGACAGGCGGAGAAGUCGACGGCCAGCGACAAGGUCCAGGACAAAAUGAACGAAGGAAAGACCCUAAUAUGCUUAGCUUGAACAUGCAAAUAAAAUCAGCGAGGGGUCUGUAACGGGUGUCACGAUACGGAGCGUCGAAAUGGGAUACUCGAAAUAUAACCAGAAAUUCACCCUUGUUGUGUUCACCGCGCAGCAAAACAGGAAAAUUUUAUCGCGGAGAUGAAAUUGUUGCAAGAACCGAAUAAUUAAUUAUUACAGGCUCGUGAAAGGAAUGAACAUUUUUGCUGAAUGUCAUAUGCGACGCAUUGUACGCAUGAAGAUUAAGUAUAGAAUGUACUUACCGUCUUCCCACACUUACUGCCGCGAUUUAUACUGAACGCCUACGGUGUUUGCGGAGAAUUCCUAUUUUAUAUCUUAUAUAUAUAUAUAUAUAUAUAUAUAUAUAUAUAUAUAUAUAUGUGUGUGUUUUUAUAUGUUAAAAAGAAAUAUAAAGUAAAAUGUGGAUGUUUGUUUUUACUUUUUCACUCGAUAUGAAUAAGUGAAUAGUGAAUCUACUGUUGCAAUGAGAGAGAGAAUAUAUACCUAAUGAUUUCUUUUCAUACUUGAUUCAUACAUUUCAUAUGCUAACCCGUAGAAAUGUAUAGCAUGAAUCAAGGUUUUUUGAUGCCGAAUCAAAUCAACAAAAUUUUACAUUUGAAUCAAAUCUAAUUAAAUUGAAUCGCAUCGUUGAAACAUAACUUUUAAUUAACAACAUAAUUAUUAUUAGAUUGAAUUUUUAUAAUCAAAAAAAUUUUAUAAAUUGUGUAAGAUACGUAAGAAAGACAUUGAUUGUACGUUAUAAAGCAGUCACUUUAAGUACGAUUUCAUAAGAUUGUCAAUAUAUGUGAUUCUUAUUCGAAAUUCGAAUAGCGAAUUCGAUUGGACAAAGACAUAUAUUUAAUAUAUAUAUAAAAGGGUUAAACCUCAACAUCUAAUAUUGUGUUGCAUAGUAAAAUGUGUAUUUUAUCAUUCAAGAUAUUUGCAUUUCAUUUUUACACUUAUUAGAUUAGUAGUACAACAGCUUCAAUAUGCACGAAUGUACACAAGUAUAAUACAAUCGAAUUUGCUAUUAAAUUUAUAAUUUUUGAUCAGAUUCGAAUCACAGAGGUUCAUAUCCAAAUUUCGGAUUGAAUUUUAAAUUCGAUUCGUAUUCGCAGUUUGUACAUCUCUAAUAGCCCGAUUCAUUUUUCACACUAUUUCCCUUCUCAAACAUGCUCACUUGAUAAAUAAUGAAAUUUUCUCGUUUUAUUCUCAUUUAUCAACAGAUUUUAUGAAAUUCGGUCGAAUGUAUAAUUUAAAUAGAUACAUGUACACAAAAUUAUCGGCUAUUAGUCGAUGAUAUGUACACACGUAUAAAUAAUGAAGGCACCAAGGAAAUCAACGAUCAAUAAAUUAUCCGGGUAGAUUUGUAUGAAAAUCUCGAAUGAGACGAGUGUAAUUGGCAAUUAUAAUAAGAAAUAUAACAUUAUACGGAUUCGCAAUUACAGUUCGUGUGUGACGAUGCGCGAUAAUUAUUUACUUAGAGUACGAGUGUUAUUUGGUUGAUGACUUGCCGUUAGAACCGCUGAUCACUUGAUCGGCCGAGGAGUAAUGCUAUCGUACAACUACAAAAAGAAAAUAAAGUGUGAUGCGUCGUGACGAGAGAUACUUGUCGCAGGAAUGUUAGAAAUUCGGCGGAUGUGACACGUACGUCAAUUACAGUCGGAUUUUCGCCGCGGAGAUCCAUCGCAAUAAUGAAGAUAUUAUCAAUGCUUUCGCAUCCGAUAUACCUCUCUCUCUUUUUCUAUCUAUCUCUCUCAACAAACGUUUGGAGUUACACUAAAAAAAGUGUUUAAUUUUAACUCUUACAAUACAAUGUGAAAAACUGCAUCUUAUUCCUUCAAACUCAGGUAACUUGCGUCUGACUACUUUCAUCUAUUUAGAAUGG